GACGUGGACCUGGACGUGGACGUGGACGUGGUCGUGGACGUGGACGUGGACGUGGUCGUGGACGUGGACGUGUACGUGGACGUGGACGUGGUCGUGGACGUGGACGUGGGCGUGGACGUAAAGGACGUGGACGUGGACGUGGAGGACGUGGACGUGGACAUGGACGUGGAUAUGGAGGUGGACGUGGAGGUGGACGUGGUCGUGGUCGUGGACGUGGACGUGGACGUGGUCGUGGACGUGGACGUGGACGUGGACUUGGACGUGGACGUGGAGGACCUUGACGUGGACGUGGACGUGGACGUGGACGUGGAGGACGUGGACGUGGACGUGGAGGAUGUGGACGUGGACGUGGACGUGGAGCACGUGGACGUGGACGUGGAGGGGGUCGUGGACGUGGACGUGGACGUGGACGUGGACUUGGACGUGGACGUGGACGUGGACUUGGACGUGGACGUGGACGUGGACGUGGUCGUGGAUGUGGACGUGGACGUGGACGUGGAGGACGUGGACGUGGACGUGGACGUAGACGUGGACGUGGAGGACGUGGACGUGGACGUGGUCGUGGACGUGGACGUAGACUACGUGGACGUGGACUUGGACGUGGACGUGGACGUGGACGUGGACGUGGACGUGGAGGACGUGGACGUGGUCGUGGACGUGGACGUGGUCGUGGACGUGGACUUGGACGUGGACGUGGAGGACUUGGACGUGGACGUAGACGUGGACGUGGAGGUGGACGUGGACGUGGACGUGGUCCUGGACGUGGUCGUGGACGUGGACGUGGUCGUCCACGACGUGGACGUGGACGUGGACGUGGACUUGGAUGUGGACGUGGAGGACCUGGACGUGGACGUGGACGUGGACAUGGACGUGGACGUGGAGGACGUGCACGUGGUGGACGUGGAUGUGGACGUGGACGUGGACGUGGUCGUGGACAUGGACGUGGACGUGGACGUGGACGUGGAGGUGGACGUGGACGUGGACGUGGACUUAGAGGACCACGUAAGUGGUGCUGACCUGCAGGAUGCGGGGGUUCACCAGUUCACUCCUGCGAGUCAGCGGGUGACCCACUGCACGGACGCUCGGACAGGCCGACACCUGGCCACAUUUACUCGUCGGCCGGGGUCGAGCAUGUACACUAUUACCACUGCGUCUCCUCCAGUCACUGCGUCUGGUCAGGUAGCUGCAUCAGGUCAUGUGUUUGCUGCAGCGUCCAGGUCUGGUCCUGAGUCCGCCCCCUGCUCAUGUCGCCUCCUGUCUCACGAGACUCUCCUCUGGCACCACCGCCUUGGUCACCCCUCCCUGCUUGGUCUCCGAAGCAUGGCCUCCCGUGUCCUUGUCUCUGGUCUUCCCCGGUCCCUCCCUCCCCUUCCUCCCAGGCCUAGCCCUACCUGCGUCCCCUGUGUCAAGGGGCGGCAGCGGGCUGCCCCUCACUCCUCCCAAUUUCCUCCGACAGAGGCCCCGCUGCAGACGCUUCACAUGGACGUGUGGGGCCCGGCCCGCGUCCGUGGACAGGGUCACGAGCGCUACUUCCUGCUGGUGGUUGACGACUACUCGCGUUACACCACAGUCUUCCCCUUGCGCAGCAAGGGUGAUGUCACUGAGGUGUUGAUCGACUGGAUCCGCGCAGCUCAUCUCCAGCUCAGGAAGAGCUUCGGCUUGGACUUUCCUGUUCUGCGUCUGCACUCUGACAGAGGCGGAGAGUUCUCCUCGGGCCUUCUGCGAGCCUACUGUUGUGCACGAGGCAUCCGCCAGACCUUCACGCUUCCGGACUCUCCACAGAAAAAUGGGAUUGCUGAGCGCCGCAUUGGCAUGGUCAUGGACGUCGCCCGUAUGUCCAUGAUGCAUGCGGCUGCCCCCCAUUUUCUGUGGCCGUUUGCGGUCCGGUACGCGGCGCAUCAGAUCAACCUUCAGCCGAGGGUCUCCAUGCCGGAGACCUCUCCAGCCUUGCUGUGGACGGGGAAGGUUGGCGAUGCGUCUGCGUUCCGUGUCUGGGGAUCUCGGGCGUUUGUUCGCGACUUGUCUGCGGACAAGCUGUCCCCUCGUGCUGCUCCUUGCGUCUUCCUGGGUUUCCCCCCUGACGCGCCAGGGUGGCAGUUCUACCACCCCACCUCUCGCCGUGUUGUGUCCUCCCAGGACGUCACGUUCGACGAGUCGGUCCCCUACUACCGUCUCUUCCCCUACCGCACUCCGUCCCUCCCCCCGCCACCGCUCUUCCUUGUGCCAGGUCCCCCCCCGGUAGACCCCCUCCCCCCUCAGGGUCCUGCCCCUUCAGGUGUGUCCCAGGUAGACGCUGUCGAGCCUGUCGAGGUCGCUGGUGACUCUCGUGCUGCUGAGGGUGCUGAGCCUGGGGGUGCUGACUCUGGGGGUGCUGACUCUAGGGGUGCUGACUCUGGGGGUGCUGAGCCUGAGGGUGCUACUACUGGGGGUGCAGAGCCUGGGGGUGCUGAGCCUAGGGGUGCUGAUUCUGGGGGUGCUGAGCCUGGGGGUGCUACGUCUAGCGGUACUGAGCCUGGCGGUUCUCCGGGUGCUUCAUCUCGCCGGGAGCCACUCUCUCCACAGGAGCUGCGUGAGUGGUUUGCCCGGCGCUGGAGGCGAGCUGCUGGAGCUCGAGGUGCUGCGGGUACUGGAGGUUCUGCUGCUGCUGUGGGUGCUGGUGCCGCGGGUCCCGGAGGCGCUCGUACUCGGAGUACUGGAGCUGCUGGGCCUGCGGGUACUUCUAGAGCGGGAGCUGCUUCGGGUGUUGGCGCGGAGGCUACUGCUGUCGGUCCAGGAGGCGGUCCUGCUGAGGGUGCUCCUGGUACUGCUGGAGGUACUGGAGCUGGAGGUGCUGCUGGUGUUGGUGCUGCCGCUAGGGGUACUGGUGCUGUCCUUGCUGUGUCUGGAGUCGCCGCGCAGCCUCGGCCGUACUUCGUUCCGCUCCUUCAGCACGUUCUUGGUCUCCCGCCUUCUACUGGUCCUCCUCCUCCCUUAGAGUGUCCACAGCUUGUCCAGUCACAGUUACGGUUACAGCCGGCCUCCCCACUGCCUUCUCCGUCUCCCUACACUGGUCCUACUGGAGGUCUUGCUGAGCGUCGUGAGCCUGCGUCUCGCCCUGCGUCGCCUGUCCGUCCUGCUCGCACUAGUGGUCGUGGUUCGCGUCAGCGUCCUCCUCCUAUCCCUAGCACGCACCGGAUGUCUCUACGUCCGUCCACUGCUCCUCUGCGUGCCCCUUUGCCUUCUCCUCCUGAGUCUUCUCUUCCUGCUCUUGUGGACCCGGAGUCGGACUCUCUUCGUGCUGCCAGUCCUACUGCCACGCGUCUCCUUGCUAGUGUUGUCACUGACCCUUCCUUUGAGUCCACUGCUGCGUCUGCCCUAGUUGCUGAGCUCGUCGACUUUGCUGCUCGCUGUCGUCUAGACUACGCUGCCAGUCUUGUUGCUGAGUCUGAGUCUGUCUGUCCUCCGUUCGUCGGGGAUGCACUUGACAUCCCGACUCCGCGCUCUUACGCGGAGGCGAUAGAGGGUCCCUACUCUUCUCUGUGGCAGGGAGCUAUGGACGCAGAGAUGGCUUCCUGGAAGUUCACAGGCACCUACGUUGACGCUGUCCCCCCUCCUGGGGCGAACAUCGUCAGUGGCAUGUGGAUCUUCAGGGUGAAGCGGCCGCCAUGUUCUCGGCCUGUCUUCAAGGCGCGUUACGUGGCUCGUGGCUUCAGUCAGCGGCAGGGAGUUGACUACUUUCAGACCUUCUCUCCCACCCCGAAGAUGACCACUCUUCGGCCACUGCUGCACGUUGCUGCUCACCGUGACUACGAGCUGCACUCUCUUGACUUCAGCACAGCUUUCUUGCAGGGCAGCCUGCACGAGGAGAUCUGGCUGCGCCGCCCACCUGGCUUCACUCGGUCUUUCCCUCCUUGUACCCAGUGGAGUCUCCGGCGUCCAGUCUACGGUCUCCGCCAGGCGCCACGUGAGUGGCACAACACACUGAGGACUACGCUUGCGGCUCUUGGGUUUGCUCCUUCUACUGCUGACCCGUCGAUGUUUCUGCGCACCGACACCUCUCUGCUGCCGUUCUACAUCCUCGUGUACGUCGACGACUUGGUCUUUGCCACAGCUGACACUGCUGGACUCGCCUACGUGAAAUCACCCGGGACAGAGCACGCCGCACCAUUACCCUGA